GAGGCAGGGCGUCAGUUCAGCGAGUGAACCACCAAACACGGCUCGGUCGUGGCGGAAGUUGCGUCGUGCUGUUACAAGCGUUCUCUCUCUCUAUCUCUCUCCCUCUCUCUCUCUCCCUCCAUCACCACCGCCGCCGCCGCACACCGCUGUGAAAACCUUGUUCAUCGUCCACCAACAGUCGAUACGGCGUCAGCUGAACAGCUAACAAUCACAUCCCACCUCACCAUUGUUCUAGUUAUCGAGUGAAUAUCUUCGUGGUGCAACAAGUUCUGAUUUUUGUCUCAUUUUAUCGCAUCCACCCUUCACCCCCGCCAAAUAUUGUGGGGGUAAAAGUCUCAUGUCUGGAAUUUGGUAACGAGCCAUUAAAUUAUAGUAAGUGAAUUAAAACGGAUUUGUUUUGAAACUGGAAAAGAACUAAACCGACGAGUGUUGACGUUACAAAAAUAAAGUGUUACCAUGGAGAUGGGAGAGGACUCCUGGGAACACCACGUGACCCCGCUUCUGAUGAACUGUGCACAAGAAGACAAUGUCGGAGAAGGACAUGGGGAAUAUCUUCACCAGGCUGAAGAGUUACUGGUGGCUGGACAGCCUACGACGGCUACGUCUCCACCUCUUGGUGUGGGCGCGGGUUCCGGGGGCAGUGUGACGGCUGGCGCGGUGUCCCCGGGGAGUGGCGGCGGUGCGACAGGUAAUAGUGCGCCGCCCCCAGCGGGCGCCACGUCGUGUUGUGAGAACGGUCGUCCCAUCAUGACGGACCCAGUGUCUGGACAGACCGUCUGCUCCUGCCAGUACGACUCGGCCAGACUUGCCCUGUCAUCCUACCCCCGGUUGUCGACGUCGGGGGUUGGCGUCUAUGGUACCCCCUACCCGUCCACCGACCAGAAUCCUUACCCAAGCAUUGGCGUCGAUAGUUCGGCAUUCUACUCGCCGUUGAGUAAUCCGUAUGCGUUGAAGGACGGCAGCUCCUCGGCAGACAUGUCUGCGUGGACGAGUGCAGGGCUUCAGCCCACCACCGGCUACUACCCCUACGACCCCGCGUUGGCUGCUUACGGUUACGGCGCUGGGUACGAUCUGGCGGCUCGGAGGAAGAACGCGACGCGCGAAUCGACGGCGACGCUGAAAGCGUGGCUGAACGAACACAAGAAGAACCCUUACCCGACCAAGGGCGAGAAGAUAAUGCUGGCCAUCAUCACCAAGAUGACGCUCACACAGGUGUCCACGUGGUUCGCCAACGCUCGGCGUCGGCUCAAGAAGGAGAACAAGAUGACGUGGGAGCCGAAGAACAAAACGGACGACGACGAUGACGCCAUCGUGUCUGACAGCGAUGAAAAGGACAAGGACGACCUCCUCAUGGACGGCGACAAACUCAAGGAUUCCAGAAACCGUGAUGACAAAGAUUCGUUGCACCACGUGAAGGCAGAACACCACCUUGACAAGGAUUGCAUGGACGAUGAUGAUGAGAUGGAUGACGACGACGACCGUAAGCCGGGUGACCUCCUGAUGGUGGGAAACCACCACCACCAUCUGCAUCACCAUCCCCACCACCACUCCAUUCUCGGUGGUGGCGGCCUCAAGGAUGAGAUGGGUAAAAAUGGACCGCCGUCCGACUGCGGCGUACCAAUCCCUGCUACGAAACCCAAGAUCUGGUCCCUGGCUGACACCGCGGCCUGCAAGACGCCUCCGCCGCCACCGAGCUCCCAACAGCAGCCUUGGCUCAUGCCAAGCACAGGAUGUGGAAGCAUGGGCAUGAAUAUGAGCAUGAACAGCUUCGCCCUGCCCUCCGCUGCUAUGAGUCCUUCUGCAGCAGCGGCAGCGCCAUAUUCGCGGUACGGGGGGCUCCUCUCGGGGCCCUACGGAGGCGGCGGUGGAAACGGAGUGGGCGCGUGUUCGGCCUCGGUCGGGGCGUCGGGGUUUCCGGAGGUUCAGACCGACACCCCGCCCCAGACACCACCCAACAUGAAACUACCUAGUGUCGCCGGCAAUCUUCUAGGAGGGCCUACGUCGUGUUUCGGCAGCGGCGCUGGUGCGGGACCGGGUGCCCAAUCGUCCACAUCUGCCACUACUACUGCCUCCACGACGGGGUACGGAGCAGCACCAGGGCACCACAACUUCCUCGGCAACUUCGGCCGUCUUCAGCAGUCGCCACAGAAAGAGAGGCCGAGCGGAAAAGAUGCAGCCUACCAGCACCACGGACACAUGAUGGCGGCUGGCAACUCAAACCAGGGCCCGAACGAGGGCACCGCCUUUAAACCCUUCUACAAGAGUUCUCAACCAAUGGGUGGAGGGUUCGUGUCGCCAGUCUAAGGGGGCCUGCGCAUGCGCCAAUAAUGUGAAUUGCCAGACGUCGCUGCCGUCAGCUCAAGGAGAACGCUGUUUUGCUGUACCGUAGAUGCGUGAGAUGUUCCUGACCGCGUGACGAAGAUCUCACUCCUAGAGUUGGGACUGCACUGUACAGUAUACGAAGCCCUUUUAUCUCAUGCACCACGAAAUACACAACUGUGCAGAGAGUGAAGUGUUUUAACAGUAUUCUUGACUGAAAAGUCUCACUGGAGACAAAGCGACACGUGUUUCUGACUCUUAAUUUAAAAGAGAAGAAUAUAAGAAGAAUUAAAGGAUUCAACUUUCUUUAGUGGAAAAUUAAUAUGGGGAAUAUAUAUGAAUGGGUAAGAGAUUUGUUAAAAGUACCUGAGGAUCGUAUGCAAGAGAAGUAUCGUUAGUUCUACCAUCUUUUAACAAGACAUUAUAAAAAGAAACUAAACUCGAAAUGAGACUUUGGAGUUCACAGGGGCAAAGUGCAAGAAAGUAAAUUAGGAUGUAGCUAUUUCUAUUGGAUAUGUUGAAAAAAGUGUCUUGGUUCUGGGAGAAUAGAAUAGACAUAAUCUUAGAAAAAGAAGAAUUAGUGGUACAAAGUAUCCAAAAGUGUGUAAAUUAGAAAAUUGUGUUAAGAUUCCGAGAAAAAAAUUACGCCUUUAAUGAACCAAAAGUAAAAGAGAAAAUUAUAGGAUAUUACAGCAACAAAGAGAAAAUGUUAAGGAAUGAGGAACACGUGAAUAAUUUUUUUUUAAACAGUUUUAAGUCCUAUUUCCAGAACAGUGUACAGUCUCUCGUAAAAUACGGGCCCAAACUUUGGUCAGUAUUAAAGAUAACCUUUUUAAGCAUAUUUCUCUCUUUCGGGUUUGAAAUAUAAUUUAUAAUACGAGACAAACUUUAAGACAUAGUGACUUAUUCAGCAUAUGUUUAAUUAAUUCACAAAUGAAUUACUGAUUUACGGCGUUAAAUUCGUUAAAUGUUUAUUCAAUUUUUUUAUACAAAGUAUAUUUAUGGAAAAUACGAAAAUAUUCGUCACGUUCUCGUAUACAGAGUGUUCAAAAAUAAAUGCUGUAGAAUGACACUUUGAACAACCAAUUUAUUACUCGCCAAACAGGCAAGAGUCAGACAUCGCACCGCAGUACCUUGGAAUAGAUCGUAGAAAUUCUGCAAACAACACCUGUUGAGCCAGCAUUGAAUUGCUGUUAUGAUCACACAAGAUGGCAUCCAUAAAAACAAAUGUCGAUUUAGGAUUCACCACAUCAUGGAUGCUGUUGAAGAUAGACGGAGCAUCGUGACGCUGCUUGUGGCGAUAUUCUGAGCGUCUCCCGAAACCAAAAGCGUGUUACAUCGUUUUGCUUGCAAGUGAUAGGCCUUGCACUGUCGUGUGAAAAUAACUGAUGCCUAUUCACUGAAAUUGCAAAGAGAGAGAGCAUGGAAGUGAUGUAAUAUGUCACGCUGAGUACUGAAUUGACAUUAUCUGUGACAGGUGUGUUAAUUCCUUAGCCGACGAAUGUAUAAUUCAGAAAACCCUACCUUCUGCCACCCCACAGUUUUGAAACCUGCCCUUUGUGCCCCAGGAUUUACUGCCUGUAUGAUGAUGUGUACCACGGUGUUCAAAAUUUCAUGAUUCAACAUUUAUUCAUGUACACUCUGUGUUUAUAAAGUUUGUGCCACUUUUCUUUUUUUAACAUAACGUGAUGUUUAAUGUUGAUGUUUUAUUUAUAUUUUAUGUGUAUUUUUCCUCUCGUAUGAGUGGGGGGGGGGUCAAGAUUUUCUUAGUGUGAUCGCACACAUUUGCUUCAACUGUACAUACAAGUUUUCGCUGUGCUUUUUCCCUGAUUGCGGACUGAGCUCCACUUAUUAGAACGUAUGCAUUUAAUAUGUUCGGAUACAUAGUUCUUUACCCGUUAUUAAUGUCUGUUAAUGUAUUUCAGCUGACACAUGAAUUCACGUUGCAUACAAACUUUCAACACACAUACACAAGAGUUGGUUGAUAAUAUAUUAGAUAUAGAUAAGAAGAAACCUCACUCUCCAUCGCAAAUAAUCUUAAUGUGUAAAAAUGAUCUAUUUUAUUAGAAUUGGUGCAUAUAUUAAGUAGGUAUUCUCCAUUAUUCACUUCAUGAGUGUAUAAAUGAAAAUUUAAUGAGAUGAAUUUUAACAUGGUUGAACUUGAUCGGCCACAGAGCUGGCCGCACUUCGUAUACCGUUGAACUGGUCCAUUAUUAUGUUUUUUGCAUACACAGAUUUUAUCCCAAUGUCACGCUUGACAAAUAGGCUACUAGGAACGUACCAACAUUUUUGUCAGCAUAUAUAAUAAUCCUUCUAGUAUCGGCCUUCGGAGGCAAAAUUUAUAGAAUUUUUGUUAAUAUUUUUGGAAUCUCCGUUUAAAUUGAACACAUUCAAUUUGAAUUCUUCAGGGAUGAAAUGACAGUACAUUUUCUUGCAACCGUUUGUCGAAACGAUCGUGGCACCUUAGCCUUAAAAUACGACGCGUUCCGAUAUUAUUUCGUUAUAAUCAUAAAUUAAAAUCAAAAUUCUCCAGCAUCUGGUGGUGGUGACGAAAUAACACAAAAUUUCGUUGUAUUUUUUAUGCCAGGCGUCUGUGUUUUGUACUUCUUACGUCACGAAAUUUUUGAGUUGUACUAGAUUAGAGUUUCAUCACAUGGAACCUAUGGCAUAUUAUAGGUUCAGAUAUUCGGCAAUUGCAAAUUAAUGAGAAUCCUUCGUGAGAAGCUGAUAGUUGCUUAGCUACUCAAAUUCCCCACCUUUUAUGAAAGCAGAACGUUUGUUGCCAUAUUCACAGGACAGCCAGUUGAAUCCAGUCAACACAGCAUUUAGCCUAAGGACCAUCUUACCAUCUUACCUUCCACUGAAAUCACUUAAGCAGUGUCUUUUCUUUAGGUUUUAGCAUAACUUCAUGAUUUAUCUUCAAAUAUUAUAUUGUUUAGAACUCUACGGACUAGCCUUCAGCAAAAGUAGUGAAAGGAGAUACCAGUGUUAAUUUUCUAACCUGUAACAUCAGACAGUAUUAUUAUGUCACUCCGUGUCCCUGCAUAAAAAGACUAUUCAUCUUCUAAUUGUUAGUGUCCCGUCGAUCAACUGAUAAUAUUAAACCCCAGACAGCAACAUAAAUAUGGAAUAAGACUCAAUUCAGUUAACGAAUUUUAAAAAGAAGAAACAAGUGCUAAAGGUUUGUAAUAAAAAGUACUGUUAGUUACGCUCAGAUAAUUAACGGUAUUCAUAAGUUUUUGAAAUUCGCUGACAAAUAUAAAAUUUUCAGCAAACAUGUUUCAUAAUUAUGCCUACAAUUUAAUAUUACUCAGUUUUAUCGAAUGUAGGUUACAAACUUUAAUUGCCUUUUCACUGUAAACUUUGCUUUUAGGGUCCUUACUGAAAUAAUCACGUUCAGUUUAAUUUCACUUGGCACUGAACAGCAAAUUCCUUUAACCACAUCCUACAGCUAAAAGUUUAUACCACGGGCGAAGGUAAAACCUUUAAGAACUAAGAACAAACAUUAUUUUCCUUUGGAAGUAAACCCAAUUAUUGCUUAACAGUGUCACUGAAAAUAAACCAGCAAAAGUUUAUAAAAUCAUUGUUUGCCGUUUCUCAAUAACGGAAACGCCGAGUUACCGUGGAAAUAAAACCUAAUCUAACAACAGAAGAUGCUAAUGUUGUCUUGAAACCUCGGAAUGGAAAAAGUCACUUUCUUCUUACGACAUUUUAUUUUGGAGCCGAAUUUCAAACAGUUCGAAUUUACCAGACGUCGAAUUAAAUCAUUGACACGCCCAUACGAAAUAAAAUUACUUGGAAUGCGGUGAACAGCCACACAGAGCAAUCAUUCCAGACAAUUAUCCACUCAACUGCAGUGUAUACAAUCGAAUUAUAUUUAAAAUUCAGGUGUUUGAGUUGUAAAUAAACUCAGUAAGAGUUUCUUAGAUUUUAUUACGCGGUGUGGGGAGAACGUACAUAUAAAGUGUACUUAAAAUUCAAUAAAACAGCUACACAAAGCUUUGUUGCACUGGACUUAAUAGAGUUUGUUGAAACUGGCCUUUAACUGCGCUGCUCUGUUGGUAAUGGCGCUGUAUUUCCAUAGAAGAACUAAAGUUAAUAUUACGUCUCGUGCAAUUGCAUAAAUCCCAGUAGUAGGACGUAGUUAUAGUUGGCUAAAACAAAGAAAGUAAGACUCAUUUAUCAAUUUGUUCUAUUCGUCAAAUUUAGGGUGACCAAAUCAAUCAUGAUGUGAUUGGACAGUAAUGUAACACGCAUAGGACAAAUCAGUAACAGUUACGAAAUUGUAGCUGUGAAACCCGAAGCGUGGAUAAAAGGAUAUUAAAAUGUGUUUAAAACUUAUGAUGUAAUUACGUGGAUUGGGUUUAUCUGUCUUAGAAUAGAGUGCAGUGACGGACUCUUAUAAACUUGAGCAUAUUUUGAAACAAUAGAAAACAUUUUUGGCGAUAUAUUUCUGGUAGCAAUUAUUGCUUAGUGUAGCUACAGUAAAGAAGUUGGAAAUCUGAAUUUCGACCUAGAAUUUUCUCGACGUAACUUGUGAGAAGUGUGACGUCGAAAUGCAAAAUAACUGUGAUGAAACUUAGUUUUAUUUUGUGACGCAGAAAUCGGGGAUAUAAGCUGUUUAUUGUUAAUCGGGCCAUGAAAUGGAAUGGUGAAACAGUCCGAGGUGCGGUUAAAAAAGUUCUGAAAGCUGGCUGUAAAGUUCAACACAGGCUAAAUCUGUGGAAUGUCAGUACCAGUAGUACUGUACAUUUGUUUUGAAAAGCUGAAUUUAUUUAUCUGUGAUAACAUAAGUAAGAAAAAGAGAAACCUCGAACUCUAGAUGUGUUUAAUGGGGGACUAGUCGCCAGAAGGAUUAGGCGAUUCUGAGAAUUUUGAGCCAGUUUAAAGAUUGUAAGGAAAUACUUGUAGUGUGAAAUAAUCUAAUAGAUACUGAGUAAUUGUGUUGGAGUGAGGUUAAGUUGUUGACUGUGUGGAUGAUUCAAACAAGUUUUUAUUUGUUGAUACAUAUGCCCAAUUUUUGUUGACUUUCUAAACAAUACAAAUAAUUAAUUUAAGAACUUUAUAAAAACAAAAUAAAUUGGAUAGAAUGUUCUUUAUUUAAAAAGUGAAAAAAUAAAUACAUGUAACAAUCUGGAACACAGGUAGUACAUCUGCUCAAGUAAAUUCAUGUAUACUAAUAACCGAAAAAUAUUUUCCUUUCAUAGUCCAGCAGUAUUUGAUCACAGUAUCUACAUGUCUGCAGAUAUCUCUGCACAUUCUCUUACACAAACAUCAUCGCUUCUACUUUCUGUGGACGAACUUCAGUAUGCCUUGUUGUUUUGGUUGUAUUACAUUUAUAAUUAUUAAUGAAUUAUUAUUAUUAUUAUUAUUACGUUGUUGUGUAUAAAAUCCUCCAUAAUGCACUUUUAAGAUUAAUAACAAUUAACAUAAGGUACAGUUUUUUAAAACAGAUUUCUUGUAACAGUAAAGAUAAUAUUGACUCCAUGUACAUUUUAUUUGUACAUAGCUUUGUGUGAAUAGGACCAUUGCUGUCUGAUCAAUUAAACCAAGUCUAUAGACGUGUGUUUCUAA